CGGGGGCAAAGACCAUCUUGGUUACGGGUGUCGGCAUGAGCAAAGGUCUAACUCUUGCCCGGACAUUCCAUCUGGCAGGCCAUCGUGUCAUUGGAGCGGAUUUUUCCCCCCUCGCUUGCGGUCGCUUUUCCGCCGCCUUGUCAGCUUUCUACACCUUGCAGAAGCCCACUCAAAGCGACUCAGGUCCUUAUAUAUCCUCCUUGCUGGAGACUAUUCGACGCGAGGGCGUAGAUCUGUGGGUCAGUUGCUCCGGCGUUGCCUCAGCGGUCGAAGAUGGCUUUGCGAAAGAAGCCGUGGAAUCGCAAACUAUAUGCAAAGCUGUGCAGUUUGGAAUUGAAGACACGCGGCGAUUACACGAGAAGGACACAUUCAUUCAACACACUCGCAGCAUCGGGCUGGAGGUGCCUGAGACACACACAGUGCGUAGCAGGGAUAGCAUGCUGACUGCUCUGAAGAAGAGUAUCGGACUUGCGGCAGAAAAAGGCAAAAACAGAAGACGUUUUAUUGCAAAGAGCAUUGGAAUGGACGACAAAAGCAGGGGAGAUAUGACAUUGCUCCCGUGUCCGGCGGAAAACGAGACCAAAGCACAUAUUGCAAGGCUUGAUAUCUCUGACAAGGAUCCAUGGAUUCUCCAGGAGUAUGUCAAGGGCGAGGAAUACUGUACGCAUGCUCUUGUUAUUAGGGGACAGGUCAAGGCCUUUGUGGCCUGCCCCUCCGCAGAACUUUUGAUGCACUACAGUGCUCUGCCAGCCGAUUCACCACUCAGCUUGGCUAUGCUCAGUUUCACACAACGACAUGCAGACGCUGGUGGCCCGGAAUUCACUGGGCACUUGAGCUUUGAUUUUCUUGUAAAAGAAGAAGACAUCAAAAAUGGAAACGCUAAGGACAUACUACUUUAUCCCAUCGAAUGCAACCCCCGCGCACACACGGCUGUUGUCCUUUUCAACAGACCGAAAGAUUUGGCGGAUCAAUACUUGUCACUGCUGAGUUCUGACGAGCAUUGUAUCGCCACAGGCAGACAGGAAAAGUCUUGCUCCAUCAUCGCGCCCCACCAGUCAGAAAAUUAUUAUUGGGUUGGACACGAUCUCGUUGAGCUUGUAUUACUGCCUGCAGUAAAAACCAUUUCUGGAAGGUUACCAUUAGAUGUCACCCUGAGAUCCUGGAAGACGUUCUUCGAGCACCUUGUCUACUGGAGGGACGGCACCUAUGAGUUUUGGGACCCGCUUCCUUGGUGGUGCCUGUACCAUGUAUUUUGGCCGACACAAUUUGUGGCCAGCAUCAGCAUUGGGCAAAAAUGGAGCCGGAUGAACGUCAGCACCACCAAAAUGUUUUCCUCUGCCUAG